CACUUGGCACCCGUCUAACGUAAACGGACGUCCUGCGUAUUGAGGUGUCGAAUUAUGAGAUUCAAACCUCAGUUCAACACUGACCAUUGGAUCAAACGGAGGUAUGAGUCCGUAUUCAAUUAGCAAAAUCCAAGCCGUGUAAAAUUUCGGUCAAUAGUUCGAAUGAUCAAGAAGUGAGUGGAAUUUUUUAAUUCGUUUGUGAACACGUAGCGUCAACUAUAAACAUGGACACUCGUACCAUUUUUAUAUUUUUGGCCGCCUGCUACAUGACAGAUGGAGCAAGGAUUCUUGGGGUGUUUCCAUAUCAGGGUCGAAGCCACAACAUUAUGUUUGAGCCUUUGAUGAUUGGUUUGGCACGUGCUGGGCAUACAGUUGACAUGAUCAGUCACUUUCCUCCAGAGAAACCAGUGCCGGGAUAUAAUCAUAUAAGCCUGAAAGGCUUACUGCCGACCUACGUAAAUAAUGUGACAGCGUCUCAUGCCCGUAAAGUAACGACGGUUGGCUACGGACUUAGCAGACUAUGUGCCUUGUUAUCGAAGCAACUAUGCAGCCUUCUGGAUACUCCUCAGAUGCAGAAUAUUCUCAAUACUGACGUCAAGUACGACUUGAUGGUCACAGAGGUCUUCUCAACCAAUUGUUUCCUCGCAGUGGCUUACAAAUUGAAGAUUCCAGUGGUUGGUGUCGGCAGCAGCGUGAUGUAUUCCUGGGGUUAUGAUCCUUUCCAUGGGGACGGCAAUCCCAGCUUCAUACCGUCGCAGUUGGGGGAAUUUACGAACGAGAUGAGCUUUAUCCAACGCGUCGAAAACACGAUGGUCCACUUUUACUCGAAGUACCUCUUUUAUUACUACGACAAAUCUGUGUCUGAAACAAUGGCUAAGAAGCAUGUUCCGGACCUGCCAUCGUUGAACGAAAUUUACAACAAUAUGAGCCUUCUGCUGGUCAACAGCCAUUACAGUGUCCACGGAGUGCGUCCAGGGAAUCCCGCCAUUGUCGAAGUGGCAGGUCUUCACAUCGACGAGACCCAAGUUCUUCCCAAGGAAUUGGACGUGUUUCUGAACUCCUCGAAAGACGGUGUCGUCUACUUUAGCAUGGGAACGAUGGUCAGGUCAGACACAUUUGAGCCUGAGAAGAUAUUUGCCCUCUACGAAUCCUUUUCGGAACUUUCGGAUUACAAGGUGCUCUGGAAGGGGAACGAGGAGGACCUGCCGAAGCCGUUACCAUCCAACGUGAAAGUAGUUAAAUGGGCCCCUCAGUAUGCAGUUUUGCGCCAUCCAAAAGUGAAAGCGUUCGUGACCCACGGAGGUUUAAUGGGAACCGUAGAGGCGAUCCAGGCCGGAGUUCCAAUGGUUGGACUGCCGUUCAUGGUGGAUCAGAGCUACAACAUAGCGAGUUACGUUAAGAAAGGUAUCGCCGUUCGUGUGAUCUACGAAGAUCUAACUAAGGAAAGUUUCUCACAUGCCUUGCGAGAGGUACUGAUGAACCCGAAGUACCAAUCCAACUCAAUGCGCACCGCAAGACUGUUUAAGGAUCGUCCACUGUCGCCAUUGGACGAGGCAAUUUUCUGGGUCGAAUAUGUCAUCCGCAAUGGCGGCGAGCCGCUUAAAUCGUCGGGCCGUCAUCUGAACUGGUUCCAGUAUUAUUUGUUAGAUGUUUUUCUAUUUUUACUUAAUGUAGCAGCGAUUGUUCUUGCCAUCGCUUACAUGAUUGUCAGAAAAACGCUUUCAGCUAUUGUUGGCACAAAAAGUCAUAAAAUUUCAAAUAAAAAAAAAAGUUCCUAAAAUAUGUGCGGUGAA